AUCCUCGUACCGGAGGGCACUUCGCGCGACGAACUGAUUGCCUGGUCCAAUCGCCUGCCUGCAACGCAGACGCCGUCCUGGUUGGGUCUGCCGAACAACGCCGAGAAAGUCCUUCUCACGAAUAUGGGUAGGCUGCGUUUUUCUCAUCCUAUCUUCAUGUGCUAG